CAGUCAGUCUACGUCGGGCUUUCGCGCGGUUCGAUGCGUGCCUCUCAAAACUUGCAAGCGCAACAGUUGUCGAUGUUCGUCACUCCGAUCAGCACACACAUCGAUUAAUUUCCAAUUUAUUUAUCUCUUUGAAGGCUCUAAAUGGCCUGGGUCGGCAGUCCGUGUUUCGAGCAUAGCUGAGCGUGUUGCUGUUGUCAUUGGAACGAUCUAAUAUGCACGUGAACACCACGGACCGCGAUGGGCGAUUCCCUGAUCGAACUUAGGGCCAUUCUGGUCAGCACAUUGGCGUCGGAAAAUGUCAGCAGCAGGGAUCUGAGGAAGGUGCUGGCGGUAAAUAAGACCUUGCGGGCGAAUCGUGUGGUUGACAAAGAUGUGAGAUUAAAAAUCGUUAAAGAAAAGCAGAAUGAGGAGAGACAGAGGAAACUGGAAGAAAUUAAAGCACAAGCUUUUGCAGCACAACGAUUCAAAGAACAGAAAGAACAAGAACGUAGGCAGAGGCUGGAAGAAAUGCGGAUAAAAGAAGAUAUCAGACGCCAGCAGGUAGAGGAGAGGAAAAAGGCAAUUAACGAGGCUGAGAGAGAUCGACUAGAAUCGAUCUUGAGGAGGAAUCAACAACGGGAGAAUAGAUUAGAAACGAAAAAACGCAAUGAACGAAGUCUGGUAUUCGCAUUUGGAUCGUCAACACCACGCAACCUGGAUCCAAACGACAUAACCCCAUCGUUCUGGGGCCACAGGCGCGCCACCUCGACGCAGAACAUAACAACAUACUCCAACAGUUCCUCCUUGACCAGAAGGGGCACAGAGAGGGAUAUAGAAAACAGUAGCAAAAAACGGGCAACUUCAGCCGGUGGCCUUGAGAGGGCAGGAGAGAGUAGCCUACCGACCACGCCUGCUGGAUGCGCGAGUGGUUACCUAGGUCGUCGUAGAACAGAUCUAAUGCCCACAAUUCCAUCUAGAGAUUCACUAAGUAAUGCGUCACGAAAAUCACUUAGUCACUCGCCAGGUAGGGCUUAUUCCAUGACACGGUUAGAUCAGCUUGCUAAACCCAGACAGAGGCCUGAUUUGCCUGCUUUGAAUGAAUCAGACAUGUCCUUCAGACCCUUAUCCCACCGUUCCUACCACCAGUCUUCCGUUACACUUAGUAUGAGUCAUCUAGCUGUCAGUAAGACACGGCCUGUUCAGCUGCAGCCCAGGAAAAACUUGAACAAAUCGGAUAGCAGGAGCAUGGAUCUGCUAUCUUAUGGGCCUGUUAUCAUGCCGCGCACCACAAGGGCUACGCAGCUACGUCAAAGCAAAAUGCAGGCUUCAUCUAAUUCCAGCGAUGCGUCAUCUAGGCCAAGCAGUUCGAUGAGCCAUCAGAGCACAACAAGUGUAACUAGUUCGGUUAGUGUCAGACACCGGCCCAUGUCUGGUCCACGCAAGCCAAGGCCUGCCAGUAUCGCAGUAACAGGUGUUUCCGUGAAUCAGGAUAAGAAAUUGGAUGUAACUAAACCACCUUUGCCCAAGAGGAAGUCCAUAACCAAAUCGACAGAAAGAGUAUCCAAAAGCAAACCUUCCACUGGAGAAAACACACCUAAGUCUUUAGUCUCUCCUACUGCUACUGAGAUUAUUAGUGUAAUCGAGAGAAAGGUUAAUGGUGAUGUUGGGGAAGCACAUAAAAAACCGCCUGAUAGCGCUCCAACUGCUGAAGCGCAAAAGAAUUUAGAGGCCACUGUCGAGUCGAAGCCAGCACAGGAGGUGGUAACAGAUGAUCUUUUGAAUAUCGAUUCUGAAGAAAGGAUUUCUUCUGCAUCAGCACAACAGACAGAAAUUGAAAGCAAAACGUCCAUUCCUAUAGAAAAUAAAACUGAAACCGAUUCACAUAGCAAUCUAGCCCAGAUCGAGGAAAUUAUUGUAAAUAAAAAUGAAAACCUACCUCAAGUUGUUGAUACCAAAGUCACAGAUAACAAAAUGUCAGAGAAAGCAGUUGAUAAUGUCGAGACAACUUUAACAACUAGUUUAGUUGAGAAUAGAGAAACAACAGUAUCUCAGACUAAGGAGAUGACCUCAUCAGUCUAUAAUGAACUUAAUGUUAGCAAAGAAAUGUCAACGUCGCAGAUCAGCAGUGAAAUGACAGCUUCAAUGAUCAAAGCGAAAAUAAGUACCGAAGAAGAAGCUAAAGCUGCCAUUGCUGAAAGGAGGCGAUUAGCUAAAGAAGAGGCUGCAAGAAAAGCUGAGCAAGAAAGACUAAGGGUUGAAGCAGAGCAGAAGGCUGAAUUAGAAAGACAAAGACAAGAAGAAGAACAAGUAAGGUUGCUGAUUGAGGCUCAAAGAGCAGCAGAAGAACAACGUCUCAAUGAGGCUAUACAAGAAGCGCAGAGGAGAGAAGAGGAAGAGCAAAAGCGUAAAGAGGAAGAAGCUCGAUUGAAAGCAUUCAAAGAAGAAGCUGAUAGGAAAGCAAGGUUAGAAGCAGAAAAGCAAAAGGCUGAGCAGCAGGAGCGCUUAAUCAAAGAGGAAAAAGAAAGAGAAGCUCGUAGGAAACGUGUUGAGGCAAUUAUGUUGCGAACUAGGGGAAAACAAAAUACAAAUAAUCAGCAGAAUUCUGAAGAGUCUAGUGAAAAUAAGUCUGAAAAUAAAGUAAAUGGUACUAAGCCGUUAAUAGAAGAACAAAAUGGACCUAAUAUUGUCAAGGAAGAAAGAGUGGAUAAUAUAAUACAAGACGACCCAGUGAAAAAUGCAAAUUCAGUUUCGAUAGAUACAACAAACAGUAGCACAGAUUCAAUGAAUUCAAAUAAUUUGUGGCAAACUAGCACUCAACCGUAUGGCAACUUUGUCCUGAAUAACAACAGUUAAAUCAUUCUUUAAAAUCUUUUAUUUCUUUAUGAAAUGCUCUAGUUAUCACAAUUUUAAUGAUAGAGAUUGCCGCUAAAAUUUCUUGGGAGAUGUGAUAUUGAACCAUGAAGGUAGCAACCAGAGGACUAUAAUAUAUUGUAUUUGUAGUUUUUAUUUUAAUAGAAUAAUAAAAUACGAAUGAAUUCAGCUCACGAUCACACUUCCCUGGAAAAUGAAAAAAUUUUGAAGUAAAUCUUCAAUAUUGAACUAUUCCUUGUUUUUCAUCAGUUAUCAAAGACUAGCAAUAAUAUAGAUAAUUUUAGUUUAUUCUCUUUCUUUGUAAAUUCGAGAUAUUCGGUGUAAAUAUAUCUUAACACGAGAUAUUUUUUGUUAUGUGAACAUGCAAUUUAAUUCUAAAUAAUUUAAUAUUAUGUGAAUAUUAGGCAACUCUAUAAUUAAUUCAAUAAAGCGUCAUUAUAAAAAUAUCAAGGGACUGAAAUGAUGUGAAGUGUUCCAUCUAAUUGGAAACCAAAUGCUCAGGUGUCGAUAAUCUCAUGUCUUAUUUAUCACAUAAAACUUGUCUUUCCUUUCUCUACUUACAUAUGGUAAGGCUUUUUUUUUCAUUAAUAAAUAUAUGCAUGAACAAUCAUUUCAACUGAAGCAUUUGAUUUCCUCGUAUUCCAAUUAAUUCAUGAAAUUGUACUAGUCAUCUUUCUCAUUUGCUUAUGUUUUUAAUAUUAUAACAAAAUCUGUUGUUUGAGAAAGAAAGAGGAUUGCGAUGAGUGUCAACGUCUUGUAAGAAAUAUUAGAUGUAAUUUAUUUAGGUACGAAAUUUCAUCAACUUUAUUAGUUGAUUGUAGCACUUCUAACAAACAUUACUGAAAAAGUAAUAUUUGUGGGAUGGACAACAAAAACUUGAUAUUGUUUCACUUUCUUCAGUUGAAAAUUUAUUCGUUUUAAUUUGGUGUAUCGGAACUGUUAUCACGUUUACAUAUCACAUAGUUUGAUUUGUUUUUUGUUCGAUUAACAAAAUUUCUUAUAGUUCUUUUUUCAUACACUCCAUUGGAAAAAUAUGUCUUAUUUUCUGAGAUCGAAAAUUUUUUCUUCUAAAAGUUUCCUCACUUUUAAAUCUUGAAUUUUGAAAAAAAAUCAAAUAAACACCGUUAUUUAUGAUUAGUAACAAUUCAACAUUUCGAUCUGAGUGUUGAAGCAUUUACUACUUGAGCGAAUAUUUUUGAACCAAGUAUAUUGUUAUUAGACUUGGAAAGGUAUAAAAUUUUAUAUGUCCUACGAGAAGAUUUUUGUGAAAUCUUUAUUGGAAUGCUGUAAAUGGAAAGGGAGAUAUUGACAGAAUCAGGUGCUGAAAUUUAUAAUUAUAUAAUCAACAAUUUUAAAAUUAGAGACCUUUAAUCAAUCGAAAUAAUAUAAAAAUUAGUUUAUAUAAUUUCAACAUCUACAUGAGGAAAAUGUGAAUUUUCAUUGAAUUGGAACAUUUCAUUCGUGAACAGUAGUUUUUAGUGAUAUAAAAAUGGGUUCAUGCAACCUCUCACUAAUGUCAAUAAUACUAUAUCCAAUUAUUUCAACUUGGUUAUUUACAAUCCUGUAAAAUGCUUGUUAAGUGCUUAAUAAAUGUAAACUUAUUUAUGAACUAAAAA